GCGUAUCCGAUAUGGUUUCUGACUGGCUGUUGGCGAGCGGCUCCGCCGUGUUUUGAUUGACAUUUCACCAAUUUGAAAGAGAUUUAUAUGUUCUGCUUUAUCUUCAAUUCUCUUUAAAUAUGUACUUUUAUUUCCUGGAACGGCGGUAGCAAGUCAGUAAACAUGGCAGACAGUGACGAUGACAGAGAUGGCGGACAUAGUGGGCCAAGCUCUCUCCUUGUCGGAGCACUGUUUGGAAACAUAGAUGAAUCUGGAGAGUUGGAAGAUGGUAUCUUCAGCAAUGAUGAAAAGCAACACCUUGCAUCCCUCAGUCAACUAUGUCUUCAAUCUCAACUGUCUGGCUUACUGGAAGAUGAUGAUUCAAAUAAAACUCCAGAAGAUGCUAAUAGCAGUAGAUAUGCCAGAAGUGAUGACGACUCUGAUAGUAGUAGUAUUCAUUCACCGGGUAGAAUUAAUUCGAGAAGACGGUCAUCAGCUCAGGAUAGUACGGACUACAAUAUAAAAUCACCAAGUGCUCUGGACUUUUCUGAUAUGAAUGAAGUCGCUGAUGAAGAACAUUUUCCUAUCAAUGGUGAUACAAAUGGAGUUUCUUCCCAUACUAGCUCCCUUAAUGCCUCAAGCCCCAGCAAUUCUAACUUAGCUACUCAAGAAAUUAAUGAAAAUGAUGAAAACGACUCUACGCCUUCUGAGGCAACAACAGCACCUCUAAAUGUUCAAGGAGAUACGGCAAAGUCCCCCUCAGUUGAACAUAAUAAUCCAGUGGUUACUGAGAAUCUAGCACCAACUGUGAAAGAAGAGGGAGAGCCAACCCUAGGAGAGACUGUGGAGCCUGUUGUGCCAGACGCUGCAUUGCCAAUCGGCUGUUCCUCUAACGACGUUCCCCUGAAUCACCCUCUUCCUCAGGAUUCAGAGUUGGUGAAAGAGGAGGCAUCAUCAGCGUUUCCUGUUGAUCCAAUGGUCCCAGAAACACCUGAUCCCAUUUCAUCAUCACCUAAAGAAGAUCCAGAUUCUGCACUUUCUGCAGCUCCCAUUACCCCUCCAUCGGUUUUGUCUCCUGGUGCUACUCCAGCACCAGUUUUGGACAUCAAGAAUGAUAGUGCUGAAGACUCUUCACCUGGUCAUUCACCAACAUAUGCUCCCCUUGUUCCUAUAGAAACUGAUAAAAAGCCUAUUAUUGGUGAAAAUGAAGACGCAGACUUCAAACACCCCACUCCACCUUCAGAAUCUGCUGAAAUGGAUGUGUCUGAUGUUCCCAAUGCCUCAAAUUCCCCUGAUGCCCCCAACAUGCCCGAUGCCUCAAAAUCCCCCGACGUCCCCAAUAUCCCCAAUGCCUCCGAUGUCCCCAAUGCCCCCAGUGCCUCCGAUGUCCCCAAUAUCCCCAAUGCCUCCGAUGUUCCCAAUACCACCAAUACUUCCGAUGUCUCCGAUGUGCCCAAUACCUCCAAUAUCCCCAAUACCACCAAUACCUCUGAUGUCUCCAAUGUCCCCGAUACCUCCAAUGCCUCAGAUGCCCCCAAAACCCCCAAUGCCACCAAAACCUCCGAUGCCCCUGAUGCCCCAGACCUCUCGAACCUACCCACGGUCCCCAACCUCCCUGAAAGUGGUGAUAAAAAGGAUAAACCAGCUGCAUUAGAUUAUGAUGCUGAUGAUGAAGGAACUGGUGCGAGAGAAGACAAUGACCUAAUGCCUCCACCUCCCAUACCUAGUGAGAAGAAGUCAGAUGGUGAAGAUGAAAGUGAAGAAACAUUGGCAAAAAAGCGAGAGACCCCUCUGGCAUCAAUGCUGCCUUCAAAAUAUGCUGGUAUCAAUGUAACAGAGAUAUUUCCAGAUUUUAGAAUAGACAAGGUUCUGAGAUUUUCUCGCCUUUUUGGCCCUGGCAAGCCAAGUAGUUUACCCCAAAUAUGGAGAAGUGUUCGCAAGCGGCGACGAAAAAAGAAACAUAAACGAGACCAUGUGGAUCAUUCAGACUCAGGUUCUGAUUCUGAGAGACCUCGUCAGAAGUCGGGAUGGGACUUCAAUUAUGCACCAGAACCAGAUCCUAGUCAAUGUCGUUCUGAUGAUGAGGAGAAAUUGUUGAAGCCUGUUCAAGAUGAUACGCAAGAAGGCAAACAAGAGCAAGGGGAAAACAAUGACAUGGGUCCACGUGUCGCCGACUGGAGGUUUGGUCCUGCUAAUUUUUGGUAUGACAUGUUGGAUGUCCCUGAAACAGGAGAAGGUUUCAACUAUGGCUUUCGUCUCAUGGAGAAGAAUGAUAAUGAAGACAAGAAAGAAAAUCCAUUUCCUGAUGACUCAUUUCUAAUGGUCUCACAGUUGCAUUGGGAAGAUGAUGUUGUAUGGAAUGGUGAUGACAUAAAACAUAAGGUCACACAGAAGCUGAACUCCAAAAAUGUUGCUGCUGGUUGGUUGCCAAGUGGCGGCAAUCGCACAGCUGCUCAAGCGUUUAGUCAACCAGGAAAGGGUGUUACUCCAAUCAUGGGUGCUCCCAGUCGCCAUCCCACCCAAAUGGGUGCAAAAUCAGCUAAACCUGGAGCUGGAAAGCCUGGUGUACAGGGGCCAGUUACACCACAAAGACAAGAUGAUCCUCAAGAUGACACUUGGUAUUCUAUUUUCCCUGUGGAAAAUGAUGAACUAGUUUAUGGCACGUGGGAAGAUGAGAUUAUUUGGGAUGCAGAGAAUAUGACCAAGAUUCCAAAACCAAAAAUUGUCACGCUUGAUCCUAAUGAUGAAAACAUAAUUUUGGGUAUACCGGAGGAUGUUGAUCCAGCUCAGCAGCGGGCUAAUUCUGCAACUCCUGUGAAAGUCAAAAUUCCACAUCCCCAUGUUAAGAAUUCAAAGAUUUUGUUGGGUAAAGCAGGAAUUAUAAAUGUUAUGGAAGAAGAUUCACCAGCACCUCCACCAAAGUCUCCUGACCGAGAUCCUUUCAAUGUGUCCAAUGAUAGUUACUAUAUGGCCAAAUCAUCAGAAUCUAUAGUACGCCUGAAACCUGUUGGUGGGAAAUUAAUCCAGCAUUCUAUUCCUGUGGUUGAAUUACGUGUGCCAUUUGUCCAAACGUUUAUGGGUGAAGUUAAACUGAGAAAUUUCCACCGGCCCCCUAUGAAGCGUUAUUCUCGUGGACCAUUGUCCCAACCUAUCCGCCAUCCAGUUCAUCCUUUGGCUAAGAUCAUCAAGAAGAAGGCCAAGCAAAGGGAGCAAGAGCGUAUUGCUUCUGGUGGUGGUGAUGUCUUCUUCAUGCGCACACCAGAAGACCUCUCUGGCAAGGAUGGGCAAUUGAUACUGGUUGAAUUUUGUGAAGAGCAUCCACCACUUACCAAUCAGGUUGGCAUGUGUACAAAAAUAAAGAACUAUUACAAGCGAAAAGCAGGAAAAGACCAAGGACCUCCUCCAUUCCGGUAUGGUGAAAUAGCAUAUGCUCACACUUCUCCCUUCUUGGGUAUACUUUCUCCUGGACAAUGUGUUCAAGUAGUAGAAAACAAUCUGUAUCGUGCUCCAAUUUAUGAACACAAAGUGCCCGAGUGUGACUUUUUAGUCAUCAGAACAAGGCAUAGCUAUUACAUACGAGAAGCUGAAGCACUGUUUACUGCUGGACAAGAAUGUCCCCUUUAUGAAGUUCCUGGUCCCAACUCCAAGAGAGCAAAUAAUUUUAUAAGAGAUUUCCUUCAGGUAUUCAUCUAUAGAUUAUUCUGGAAAAGUAGAGAUCCUUUACGCCGUAUCAAAAUGGAUGAUAUUAAAAAGGCAUUCCCAUCUCAUUCAGAAAGUAGCAUACGGAAACGUUUAAAAUUAUGUGCAGAUUUUAAAAGAACAGGAAUGGAUUCAAACUGGUGGGUAAUCAAACCAGAUUUCCGUCUACCAACUGAAGAAGAAAUUAGAGCUAUGGUGUCACCUGAACAGUGUUGUGCUUACUUCAGCAUGAUAGCCGCAGAGCAGCGUCUGAAGGAUGCUGGAUAUGGUGAGAAGUCUAUCUUUGUUCAACAAGAUGAUGAUGAUGAGGAAAUGCAGCUCAAAAUGGAUGAUGAGAUCAAAGUUGCCCCAUGGAAUACUACCCGUGCUUACAUUCAGGCCAUGAAGGGAAAGUGCUUGCUGCAGUUGACAGGACCUGCUGAUCCGACAGGUUGUGGUGAAGGAUUCUCUUAUGUUCGGGUUCCGAACAAGCCCACACAAAGUAAAGAGGAACAAGAAUCGCAACCCAAACGAACAGUCACCGGAACAGAUGCUGAUUUACGUAGAUUGUCCCUGAACAAUGCCAAAGCUUUGCUAAGAAAAUUUGGUGUUCCUGAAGAUGAAAUCAAAAAAUUGUCUCGAUGGGAAGUUAUUGAUGUGGUAAGAACAUUGUCUACUGAGAAAGCCAAAGCUGGAGAAGAAGGAAUGGAUAAGUUUUCCCGAGGAAAUAGAUUUUCAAUAGCUGAACAUCAAGAAAGGUACAAAGAAGAAUGCCAGAGAAUAUUUGAACUUCAAAAUAGAGUACUCGCAUCAAGUGAAAUCCUUUCCACUGAUGAAGGUGAAAGUUCUGAUGAGGACAGCUCUGAUGUGGAAGAAAUGGGUAAAAACUUGGAAAACCUUCUUUCCAAUAAAAAAACAUCUACCCAGCUAUCUUUGGAGCGUGAAGAACAGGAGCGACAAGAGUUGAGAAAGAUGAUUAUGGAGGCAGACAGUCAGGAUCCUCGAAAAGGCAAAGACAAGAAAAAAGAUGAUGAUGAUAGUCACUCCUUAUCUAACUUCGGGUCUCAACCUGGCCGAGUUUUAAAGAUUAACCGCACCUUCCGGGAUGCAGAUGGGAAAGAAUACUCAAGGGUUGAAUUUGUCCGUAAAUCUCAGGUAAUUGAUACCUAUCUGAAAAUUAGAGAGACUAAGGACGAAGCUUUCAUCAAACAGUUUGCUACGUUAGACGAAGCUCAGAAGGAAGAAAUGAAAAGAGAGAAACGUAGAAUUCAAGAGCAACUGAGAAGAAUUAAAAGGAAUCAAGAGAGAGAGAAAUUACUCGCUGGUGGUGGCUCUGACACAUCUCUCAGUGCCAUGGGAUUCAGUAAAAUGCACACGCUUUCUCCGCCGUCGCCUCGCCGCAUGAGCAUGGAUAUCGAACGUGAGCGUGGCAGGGACAUGGAGCGAGACAGAGACAGAGAUAGGGACAGGGAUAGGGAUAGGCUCGAGAAGGAGCGGGACCGCAGUCGUGAGCGGGACCGAGACUACCACCCCGACAUGGACCGGAUCAGGAAUCGACUGGAGCGUGACAGAGACCGGGAUCGGGAUCGACACAAACGUCCCUUCGGGGAUCACAUUUCACCAAAGAGGAAGAAGCAGCCUCGGCUUAAACCCGACUUGAAGCUGAAGUGUGGUGCCUGUGGAAAGGUCGGUCACAUGCGCACUAACAAAGCAUGUCCCCUGUACUCUUCAUCGGGUCUUGGUGGACCAACUUCCCUCAAUGUGGCUUUGACAGAGGAACAAGAAGAUGAAGAAUUUGAGCGUCAGUUCAGUGCAGAUGACCAAGAUUUAGUUAAUGUUGAAGGCACAAAACUGAAACUCAGUGGGAAACUGAUUAAGCACGCAGAGGAGAUCAAGAGACGCUCUCUAGUUCUAAAGGUACCCAAAGAUGCUGUUAACAGAAAGCGCAAGAGAGCUGGUGGAGAGCUCCACUGUGAUUACUUGAAGAAACACCAAAGACCAGCAAAUCGGGCACGCACUGACCCUGUUGUGACUCUUUCCACUAUUCUGGAGGAAAUUCUGAAUGAAAUGCGUGAUCUCCCUGAUGUUCAGCCUUUUAUUUUCCCUGUUAAUACAAAGAAUGUUCCUGAUUAUCUUGCAAUUGUGAAUCGCCCCAUGGAUCUGCAAACUAUUCGAGAAAAUUUGCGUGCUAAAAAGUACCAAAGUAGAGAAGAGUUCUUGGCAGAUGUCAAUCAAAUAGUCGAAAAUUGUAGUAUUUAUAAUGGUGCAAAGAGCUCAUUAACUAUUGCUGCAAAGCGGAUGAUGGCCUUGUGUGUUGAACGGAUAGGAGAAAAAGAGGAAAGACUGAUGAGGCUCGAAAAAGCUAUUAACCCUCUACUGGAUGAUAAUGACCAAGUCGCAUUGACAUUUAUUUUGAACAGUAUUCUGAAUGACAAAAUUAAGUCAAUGUCAGAAUCUUGGCCAUUCUUGAAACCUGUAAACAAAAAACAGGUUAAAGACUACUACAACAAAAUAAAGAAUCCCAUGGACCUUGAACAAAUCAGUAAAAAAGUUGCUGCCCAAAAAUAUCAUAACAGACUAGACUUUCAGAAAGAUAUUGAACAGAUACUGCAGAACUGUGUUACGUACAAUGGAAAAGAAUCAGUUUAUACUAAAAAGGCAGAGGCAAUAUAUAAUACUGUUGUUUCUCAACUAAAUGACUAUGGAGAUCAUCUGGACCAGCUGGAAAAAAAUAUAAGUUUGGUUCAAGAACGUGCUUUGGAACAAGCAGAUGUAGAUUCUGUGGGAACUUGGCCUGGUGAUCAUGAGCAGGAUACUGAAAAUGAUCUUGAACAUCCUGAUGAAAAUUAUACCAUUGACCAUCAUCUUUCUGAGAGUCAAGCCAACUCCUCUGUCAAACAUGAGUUGGAUGAAUUUGAGUAUGUAGACGUAGAUGGUGAAGAAACUGGUGCACCUAGAGUCACUAAGAAAGAACUUCUUGAAGAAGAUCUUCAUUUCUCAUCUGAAGAAGAAGAAAUGGAAUAUGUUGAACUAACCAAUGCCAAUCACUUAGACUCUCAUGUUGUGAAUGAGUUGGAUGAUGACAGCCAACAAGUAGCAGAGGCAAUGGUUCAACUUGGAACAAUGGGUUACUAUCCACCUGAAAACGUCCCCGAUGGAAGUGUUGAAGGCGAUGGAAUGGAUGCAUUUAAGAUUCACCAACUAACUCAUCAUGAUCAAGAAGAAGGGUUGGAUUUGGACCCCAACUACGACCCAUCAGAAUUCUUAUCGUUGGGAAGAGCACCAGCUGCUGUACCAGUUCCUGUAGAUGACUUACAUUUGGACUUGAGGGACCCAGGAGUUUCUUGCGAACAAAUACCGACAGAAAUCCACGAUGAUUUGGCUGUGAGUGAAUCAGAUGAUGAUAACCAUGAAGAAUCUCGUUAUGUUCAAGAGCCUAAAGAAGUGGAUGAAGCUGAAGAAGGAGAUUUAUGGUUUUAGAUUUCUUUUAGUGGUGGCCAAAAAUAUGUGCAGUUGGAAGUGUUUCAGAAAGUAUACUUCAAGUUGUAUUCUGACUAUUUGUUUUGUCAGACAUUUCUUAUUUUUUCUAGCAUUUUGCUCGUCUUUAAAGUGAGAAUUGCUACAGUCAUUGAUUGUAUAUUGGUGUUUUUUGAAACCCAGUUUUACUCCUUUGCUUCAAACAUUUGAAUCAAUUCCAAUUUAAUCUUUGUUUUUGUUUUGUGAUGAUGCCAGAUAGAUUUGUUACCAGUCCUUCAUUGUUUUCACUUAAACUCCAUACACAAAAUCAAUACCCUGUAGAGUCAUUGUUCAUACCUGUUUCCGCAAUGAUAGGGAAGGACUUGCAAUGCCAUGCUUUUAAACCUUGUCUUUAUUGCAAUGUCUUUUUUUUAUGAAGCUUAUAGAUUAUUUUGUUUUUAAACAAAGAUUUGCAAUUUCUUGCUCACUUUACUGUGAGUGAUGUGUUAUAAGUCAUGAAAGUGUUCUCUUAAGUUGGAGUGUGAUUUGAGAAAGAAACCAAAAUGCAGGACAAUGCAUGUGGGUACCUUAUCCAGUUCAAAUUCUGUCUGGGUGAAGAUUAUGCUUGAUCUGUGAUUUAGCCUAAUAUUCUAUUGUACAAUUUUCAAAGUAGGUAUCAAUUAGUUUUUUUUUUCUUCAUUGUCUUUUUACACAUUUAAAAAAAACUAUAAUAAUUACUUUUUGCUCCAGUUCUGUAUAUGUUAAUAUGUAUAUACUGCUUAGGCACCUUUGCUUGUUUUCUUCUUUUAAGAUUUGGAAUGAUCUACAAUUUUACUUUGUUUAUGUUUUGUUUGAUUCUGAAUCCUUAUACUUGUUUUCAUGUUUUCAUAGAGCUUGUUUCUCUCAUUUUAUACGGGAAAUCACUUCAAUUAUUGCAAUUAAUUUGUGUGAGCUGUUGCUAAUCAUUUCUGAUGCCUUUUCACUGUAGGUGCAUUCAAGCUCGUUGAUGCCCAGGUGGCGUAGCCUAGUGGGUCGGAUCCGGACCGGACGCAUCAGAAGCAGACGAAGGCAUCAAAAGAAUGGCCUCUGAUUGGACGAGAGGCCUUGUUAGUUGCGUCCUGAUUCGGCUCACUGCGCUUCGUCUCUAAGGCAUCAUAGAGCGUGAGUGCACAGUGCACCUUUAAAGCCACAAGUGAACCUAAGAAAACUAUUCUGUUUUCUUGAUACAACCGAUAUUUGACUGUAAAGAUUUUAUUCCUGCCUGCUUCUAAAGGAAUCCUGUAGAAUUCUAAAUCCUAGAUUCUUGGUCCCUGUGCUGUGGAUCAUCCUAUCAUUGACUUAAUUAAAUACUUGAUUCAGUUCUGUGCUGCAUCAUUUCAUUGUAAAUGCUCCCACUUAGUUUUAAGAUGACAAAAGAAGUCAGGGUUUCUUAGUUUGUGUUUUCCCUAGUUCUCUUAUGAAAAUGUAUGCAUAUUUGUUCUGAUCAAUCAACUUAGAUAUUUCUGCCUGACAUUUGUGGAUACAUGUGCAAAUUGUACAUAGAUACUGUAUAUGUAAAUACAUUUUAAAAAAAUAUAUAUAUUUAAAUAUACUGCUGUGUUUCCAAAGUCUUUGUUUCAGCUUUGUUAGUAAAUAACUACAGUAAUAAUAAAUUUGUAAUAAUAUAUGAAAUUAACUGACCUUGUGUUGUGUCAAGAAUGCAGCAAUCAAUUUAUGCACUGAUUAUUGUACUUAAUUGAAAAUGGUCUCAGAUUUGAGCAGACCCAUUGUGAAAGACUUGACUGAUUUAAACAAACAAGAAAACCAACUUUAAGUCAACUUUGUUUUGUCAUGUACUUUUAUGGAAAGUCAGUUGUACAUACCUGUAGCAUUUGUAAUCAUGUAAUCAUAAAUAAUCCUAGAGAAACAUGGAAUUUGGAUUUAUAUUUUAUGUGUAAAUGUGAUAGUGGAAAUACUGCAAUUAAGCUUGUCAGGCAAGAAAUAAAUUUUAACUUUUGUA